GUCAAAUAUUCUCAUCAUGUUACGUGACGUCUAGGACUCGACUUUCUUUGUUUAAGAGGGGUUGCAUCCAUGAACAGUCAGCCUCCGGUCCAUGCAUCCAUUUUUCGCUGUUUUCAGUGACUUUCUAUAGUUGAGCAUCAGCUUAAUUAUCAUGGAGAAUUACCACAUACUUUUCCUAGGUGGAGCUUCAGCCUCACCUCCCUCGAUAACCAUGGCAAAUCAUCAACGUUAUUUGCAAGGCAACGAUGUAAUUACUACUACAACGAAAGUAGAGAGUAAAUGUGAGAAUUUGGAUGUCAUUGCCAAGGAUGUUGUAUCUGAAAGUCAAGAGUUGAAAGCAGGGAAGAAAGGAGACAACAAGGUGAUGAGGAAGCACAAAUAUGCAUUUCAAACGAGGAGCCAGGUUGAUAUACUUGAUGAUGGGUAUCGUUGGAGGAAAUAUGGGCAAAAAACAGUUAAGAAUAGCAAAUUCCCCAGAAGUUAUUACAGGUGUACGCAUAAAGAGUGCAAUGUUAAGAAACAAGUCCAACGCAAUUCCAAAGAUAAUGAAAUUGUGGUGACUACUUAUGAAGGGAUACACACGCAUCCGGUGGAGAAGUUCACAGAAAACUUUGAACACAUCCUCAGGCAGAUGCAAACGUUCAACCAUUUAUGAAAUGUGUUGUUUGUGAAUCUACAGUCAGACAUCAGAACAUGUUUAUAUCGUUAUGUAUAUGCUCCUAGCUUGUAGUGUUGUCCAUCAUGUUCCUCAGCAAGAAAAUAUUGAAGACAUGCUUUUAUAUAUUUUUGUUUUUUUUUUUUCUUUUUUGU